UUUUUUUUUUGAUUGAUCAUUGUACUUUCUCUCUCUUCACUCUUACAAACAAAACUCUAUGUGCCCCCUUCCAAUCCUCCUCGCCUUUCCAGAUUUCCCACACAUGCCUCUGUGCAUCUACACGCACAACCACACCUCCAUCCACCAUCCCAAUCCCUCCUCCAAAACCCUAACCAGACCCCCAAUUCUCCCACCCCUCCUGCAAUGCAAUCCAUUCCCACUAAAAUCCUCCAGUUUCUCAGUCAGGGCCUCGAAAGGCGAUUCUAGAGAGAGAAGCCCGUCGGUUAAUGCGAUGGCAGAGGAGAAGGCGUGGGUUGAAAUCGGCGCGGAGUUUAAGGAAGGUGGCGGCGCGACGGCGGAGGACUGGCGGAAUGCCCUGGGCAAGGUGGUGCCGGCCGUGGUGGUGAUUCGGACCACCACUUGCCGGGCGUUCGACACCGAGUCGGCCGGUUCGGGGUACGCGACGGGGUUCGUCGUUGAUAAGAAGCGCGGGAUUAUUCUCACCAAUCGUCAUGUCGUCAAGACUGGACCUGUGGUUGCCGAAGCUAUGUUUCUAAACCGAGAAGAAAUUCCUGUAUAUCCUGUGUACCGAGAUCCAGUGCAUGAUUUUGGCUUCUUCCGUUAUGACCCUGGUUCAAUACAAUUUUUGAGCUAUGAGGAGAUUCCUCUUGCUCCAGAGGCUGCUUCUGUUGGCCUAGAAAUCAGGGUGGUUGGUAAUGACAGUGGGGAGAAGGUCUCCAUUUUGGCUGGUACCCUUGCUCGUUUGGACCGAGAUGCCCCUUAUUAUAAAAAGAAUGGCUACAAUGACUUCAAUACAUUCUACAUACAGGCAGCAUCUGGGACUAAAGGGGGUUCAAGUGGUUCCCCAGUGGUUGAUUCGCUAGGUAGAGCAGUGGCAUUGAAUGCUGGGUCCAAAACUUCCAGUUCUUCGGCCUUUUUCCUACCUCUGGAAAGAGUUGUAAGGGCUUUAAAACUCUUGCGGAAGGGAAUAGAUUCUUGUACAGAUGGUUGGGGGGCAGUUUAUAUUCCUCGCGGUACACUUCAGGUGACAUUGCUUCACAAAGGAUUUGAGGAGACACGUCGCCUCGGUCUCCGAAUUGAAACAGAACAGAUGGUGCGCCAUGCAUCCAGGCAAGGUGAAACUGGGAUGCUUGUUGUUGAUUCUGCUGUGCCCGGUGGCCCAGCUCACCACCUUUUGCAGCCUGGUGAUGUGCUUGUUCGCGUAAAUGGGGAUGUAAUUACUCAGUUUUUGAAAAUGGAAACGUUACUUGAUGAUAGUGUGGACCGGAAAAUUGAAUUACAGAUUGAAAGGGGUGGCACACCAUUCACUGUAGACUUGACGGUUCAAGAUUUACACUCAAUAACUCCUGACUCUUUCUUGGAAGUAAGUGGUGCUGUGAUACAUCCUCUUUCGUAUCAACAGGCUAGAAAUUUCCGUUUCCGUUGCGGCCUUGUGUAUGUUGCAGAACCAGGAUAUUUGCUUAGAGCCAAAGUUCCGCGUCUUUCCAUUAUUAAAAAGUUCGGUGGUGAGGAAAUAUCACGGCUUGAGGACCUGGUUUCUGUUCUUUCUAAGCUGACCAGGGGUGCUCGAGUGCCUUUGGAAUAUAUUAGCUACAAGGAUCGACAUCGUUCAAAGUCUGUCCUUGUUACGAUUGAUCGUCAUGAAUGGUAUGGGCCUCCUUUGAUUUACACUCGCGAUGACAGCACUGGUUUAUGGACAGGAAAACCUGCUUUGCCACCUGAUUCCCUGCUGUUAUCCUCUAGCAUGAUUAGUGUUGAACAAGGUCUUGAAAACGAUAGAGUUCCACCAGAUGCUGGUGAGGCUAGUCCAAUUGAGCACAUGUGUCAAAAUUUCAAUCAGGAAUCUGCAGAUGGUGUUACCAGCAUGGAAUCUAGUUUUGAAGGUGUAGCUGAGUUGCAAAAUACUCGUGAUAACUCUGAUGUUGGAGCCACAAAAGACCAAAUAGAAGAGGAUUCAUCUGCUGAUAGUCCUACAGAAGAAAAGAUGGAGGACUUGACUAGCUCAGAAAAUGCUCUUUUGGGGGAUUAUCAAGGUUCUGCAGCUGUAGCAACUAAUGCUUCCGUAGCUGAGCGUGUAAUAGAGCCUGCUCUGGUGAUGCUUGAGGUUCAUAUACCACCGUCAUGCAUGCAUGAUGGUGUGCACUCACAACAUUCUUCUGGAACUGGCGUUAUUGUAUAUCAUUCUUCUGACUUGGGACUGGUUGUUGUUGACAAAGCCACUGUUGUGAUUUCUGCAUCUGACGUGAUGCUCUCUUUUGCUGCCUUUCCCAUUGAGAUCCCUGGAGAGGUGGUUUUCCUCCAUCCUGUACAUAAUUAUGCUCUUGUUGCGUAUGAUCCUUCUGCUUUGGGAGCUGAUGGUGCCUCAGUAGUUCGUGCUGCUAAACUUCUUCCCAAACCUCCAUUAUGUCGUGGAGAUGCGGUCUAUCUUGUGGGACUAAGUAGGAGCCUGCAAGCAACAUCAAGGAAAUCUGUUGUCACUAACGCUCAUGCUGCUUUAAAUAUUGGUCCUGCUGAUAGUCCACGCUACAGAGCGACUAACAUGGAAGUCAUUGAGCUUACUGCAGAUUUUGGUCGCACAUUUUCGGGUGUGCUAACUGAUGAGCAUGGAAGGGUCCAGGCUCUCUGGGCUAGCUUUUCAACGGAGCUGAAAUAUGGUUCCAGUACAUCCGUAGAUCAUCAUUUGACUCGAGGCAUUCCAAUUCAUACAAUUAGCCAUGUCCUCAAUAAAUUCAUAUCUGGUGCAAAUGGACCAAAUCUUCUCAUAAAUGGUAUAAGAAGAAAAAUGCCACUUGUCAGAAUCCUGGAAGUUGAGCUUUAUCCAAGAUUGCUUUCCAAGGCUCGUAGCUUUGGACUGAGCGACAAGUGGGUCCAGACACUUGUGAAGAAAGAUCCAAUCAGGCGUCAAGUCUUACGCAUUAAAGGUUGUUUGGCUGGAUCAACAGCUGAGGAUGUAUUAGAACAAGGUGAUAUGAUCCUGGCAAUUAAUGAAGAGCCAAUCACAUGCUUUGGUGACAUUGAAGAUGCUUGCCAUGCAUUGGACCAAUGUGAUGAAAGUGAUGGGAAGCUCCAGAUGACUAUUUUCCGCCAGGGACAUGAAAUUGAACUGCUAGUUGGAACAGAUGUGAGAGAUGGGAACGGAACAACAAGGGUUAUAAAUUGGUGUGGGUGUAUAGUCCAGGACCCUUACCCAGCAGUGCGUGCUCUUGGAUUCCUACCUGAAGAAGGUCAUGGUGUUUAUGUUUCAAGAUGGUCUCAUGGGAGUCCAGCAAACAGAUAUGGUCUAUAUGCUCUCCAGUGGAUUGUUGAAAUUAAUGGGAAACCAACUCCACAUUUAGAUGCUUUUGUUGAAGUGACAAAGGAAAUAGAUGAUGGGGAAUUCAUUCGCGUAAAGACAGUCCACUUGACUGGGAAACCUCGAGUACUAACACUGAAGCAGGAUUUGCACUAUUGGCCCAUGUGGGAAGUUAGACGCAACCCCAACACUGCAAUGUGGCAGUAUGAAAGAAUUAAAGCAUUAGACCGGGGUAUUCCAUGAACGCCUUAUUAAUGGAGGGGAAAUUCUUUUGGAAGAACGUUUGGUGGCUGCAAUAUGAGGUCAGUUGCUACUCCAAUACAAUGUGAGCUACGAUCAUCUACCAGAAAUACAUUCAUGACUGUACAUCAUACGUUUCUCAUGAAUGACUAAAUUCUCAAGUAUCUGCGUCCUUUUUGGGAUUGAAAAGUAAAGCACUUAAGUGUAAUUUUUCUGAAUUUUUUUUUGCACCACUUUAAAGAACAAUGGCUCUUAGUAAUGGACUAAAUUAUAGGACAGAUGGAGUAGUUUGCACUUGAUUUUGCCAAGGUUCCGGCGAGUAUUAUGUAGAACAAGGUCUACUCCAAUACAAUGUGAGCUACGAUCAUCUACCAGAAAUACAUUCAUGACUGUACAUCAUACGUUUCUCAUGAAUGACUAAAUUCUCAAGUAUCUGCGUCCUUUUUGGGAUUGAAAAGUAAAGCACUUAAGUGUAAUUUUUCUGAAUUUUUUUUUGCACCACUUUAAAGAACAAUGGCUCUUAGUAAUGGACUAAAUUAUAGGACAGAUGGAGUAGUUUGCACUUGAUUUUGCCAAGGUUCCGGCGAGUAUUAUGUAGAACAAGGUUGGACAGAGGAUCUUGUUCCUAAUAUGGGAACACCCAACAAUAAGAACUUGCUUAACCCUGCAUUUUUUAGCAUGUAUAAAUUGCUGAUGAUUUGCGAAGGAACUUUUGAGAGCAGCCACUUUAUGCUGAUGAUUUGUGAUGGGUUCUGUUAUUGUUGUAUUUGCGAAAGAAAUUCUAGAAGAAAGAUGCCUGCAUUUCAAAUUGUUGUUGUGUUGUACCCAAAUCAGAGUGUGUUGAAAACGCAUAGAAUCAAAGCAUUUCCCUUUUAUCAA